AUGCCAAUCAGCGCCCUUGUCACCUCCCUCCAGUUGUCCAGUUUUGGUGCCAUUAGGCGACUAUGGCGAAUGAACCAGGAGAAAGAAGUACAUUGGUGGGUCCUCCGUCAACGGGACUCUUACGAUGCUUUUGUCGACGCCUGGAACUUGGAAAAAUAUGCAACGACACUGGCUGCCGAGAGUUAUAUCGAUGCCUGUUGCCGACGAGUACCGGGUAAUAUGCGCGUACGCGGUCCUCCGGUGCUACCUAGGUCAGGAGGGCAACUGGUACCCCCGGCUUCAUGUCGAUUGGUUCAAGAUGGACACCAAAAAGUCCGCCUGGAAGCUCACUUUUACACAGCCAUUGCCUGGUUUCUUUUCAGUCCUCCACUGAGUUCCGGAAUGAGCCUGACGAGGAGGACAGUUCCGGCGGCCCAGGUCCUAAGCAGAGAUUGGUCGACGUUCUGGUGUUCUCGGGAGUGA